UUCGUAUUCGAGUCUGAAAUUUCAUGUUUGUAUUAUUUUUGUUCGUGUCUUCAAACAAUGACUACCGCAACUCUGGAGUUAAACUCUACCAAAAAUAUGUGAAAUCUGCGCCUUAAUUUUCUGUCUUUCUUUGCGAAAAAGGUGGUGAUAGAGAAAACCAGAGUGCAUGAUUUUGGUUGUUGAGUUGAGCGAGCCAGCGAGUGACGCUUCUUUUGAAUCAAUCCAACAUCACUCUCUCUGAAGCUCACACCAAAAUGGUGAAUCCUCGAUUUCCACAUUCCGCCAUCUCAACUCUCACUCUCUCCAGUUCUGCUAUCUCCAUCGCCUUCUGCAUUCUCCUCGCUCUAUCUUUUCUCGUCACGCAUUCUCAUUCCUCCCAUCACACGGAUGCUAAUGGUGGUGUUGCACAAGGAUUUGAAUCAAGAAGGAGACCUGUUCUUGCUCUGAAAACAGAUCCCCUCAAGCCUCGUUUGGACCAGAUUCGCAAGCAAGCCGAUGACCAUCGCUCUCUGGCUCUUCUGUAUGCUUCCUAUGCACGUAAGGUCAAGCUUGAGAGCUCAAAGCUUGUUAGGGUUUUCGCAGAGCUAUCUCGCAACUUCAUAGCUCUAAUGAACAAACCCAUAUACAGGCCUCUUUUCGGCAAUGAUUUAUCCCAUGUUGAUGAAUCAGUGCUUCGUCAAUUGGAGAAGGAAGUGAAAGAGCGCAUUAAAACCACACGCCAGGUGAUCGGGGAUGCAAAGGAGUCCUUUGAUAACCAGCUCAAGAUUCAGAAGUUGAAGGAUACAAUUUUUUCUGUGAAUGAGCAGUUAACAAAGGCAAAGAAACAAGGAGCUUUCUCAAGCCUAAUUGCUGCCAAGUCAAUUUCAAAGGGCUUGCAUUGUCUCUCCAUGAGGUUGAUGGAAGAGAGGAUCGCCCAUCCUGAAAAGUAUUCAGAUGAGGGAAAGCCUACUCCUCCAGAAGUUGAAGAUCCUAACUUGUACCACUAUGCCUUAUUCUCAGACAAUGUUCUUGCAGCAUCUGUUGUGGUCAAUUCGGCAAUGAAGAAUGCAAAGGAGCCGCACAAGCAUGUGUUUCAUGUUGUGACUGAUAAGAUGAACCUUGGAGCAAUGCAGGUGAUGUUUAAGCUGAAGGAUUACAGUGGUGCACACAUUGAGGUUAAGGCAGUGGAGGACUACAAGUUCCUGAAUUCUUCUUAUGUGCCAGUCCUUCGACAGUUGGAGUCUGCUAACCUGCAAAGAUUUUACUUUGAGAACAAGCUCGAGAAUGCUACAAAGGACACAACCAAUAUGAAGUUUAGGAAUCCCAAAUAUUUGUCAAUAUUGAACCAUUUAAGGUUCUACUUGCCGGAAAUGUAUCCAAAACUGCAUAAAAUUCUGUUUUUGGAUGAUGACAUUGUGGUUCAGAAGGACCUUACUGGGCUAUGGAAGAUUGAUAUGGAUGGCAAGGUGAAUGGAGCUGUAGAAACAUGUUUCGGGUCAUUCCAUAGAUAUGCACAGUACAUGAAUUUCUCACACCCCUUGAUUCGAGAAAAAUUCAGUCCAAAGGCUUGUGCAUGGGCUUAUGGAAUGAACUUCUUCGAUUUGGAUGCUUGGAGAAGGACAAAAUGCACAGAAGAGUAUCAUUACUGGCAGAAUCUUAACGAGAACAGAACACUAUGGAAAUUAGGGACACUGCCACCUGGUCUAAUCACAUAUUACUCAACAACAAAGCCACUGGAUAAGUCAUGGCAUGUUCUGGGACUUGGCUAUAACCCAAGCAUUGGCAUGGAUGAGAUCAAGAAUGCUGCAGUGGUGCACUUCAAUGGGAACAUGAAACCAUGGCUUGACAUUGCAUUGUCUCAAUUCAAGCCACUUUGGACAAAGUAUGUUGACUAUGAAUUAGAAUUCGUUCGGGCCUGCAAUUUUGAUUUCUAAAGUGUUUGAUUUCCUCUCAGUCUGAUGCUGUGUCAAGUGUCAUCAAGUUUCUUUGCCGUUUAGUUUCUGAUAUAUUAUGCUGAUACGGUUAACAUAAUUCCUAGCUGGUCCAGGAAAAAAAAUCUUGCCUAUUUCUCUAAUUGUAAAAUUCUUUUGUAUAGCAA